CCACUGCUCAGCACAAACUGUUCUCCAACCUCCUAAUCAAGGACACCAAGGAGCGGCAGAAAUCUGAGCCAAGGAGCCCUUUCUCCAGGGAGAGGCCAGGAACUCGCUGUCUGUCUCACCCUACAUGAAAUGGGAGUUUAAAUCUUUCCACCUCCGCAGAGCUGGGGCCCUCAUCAGAAAUCAGUUCAUCAGUGUGGUUUCUGAGUGGCUAAGAAGAUGGUUCGAGAACAGUACACUACGGUCACCGAGGGCACUCUCAUAGAGAGGCCAGAGAACCAGCACGUCUACAAGAUCGGCAUUUACGGAUGGAGGAAGCGCUGCCUAUACCUAUUCGUUCUUCUCCUGCUCACCAUCCUUGUCGUGAAUCUCGCACUCACAAUCUGGAUUCUGAAAGUGAUGUGGUUUUCUCCAAUAGGAAUGGGUCACUUGCAUGUUACAGCAGAUGGUCUUCGGCUGGAAGGGGAGUCGGAAUUUUUAUUUCCGCUGUACGUCAAAGAAAUACGCUCCAGAGUGGACUCAUCUCUGCUUCUGCAGUCAACUCAGAACGUGACAGUCAGUGCUCGCAACUCAGAAGGAAAGGUCACAGGCCGGGUGAAAGUGGGUGCCCAGAUGGUAGAAGUCCAGAGCCAGCACUUUCAGAUCAGUUCUGAAGAUGGCAGGCCAUUGUUCACUGCCGAGGAGCCUGGCAUCAUGGUGGACACGGGCAGACUGCGGGUAACAGGGCCAGAAGGAGCUCUCUUUGAACACUCAGUGGAGACACCCCUUGUCAGAGCUGAUCCAUUUCAAGACCUUAGGUUAGAAUCCCCAACUCGGAGUCUAAGCAUGGAUGCCCCAAGGGGGGUUCACAUUAAAGCUCACGCUGGGAAAUUGGAGGCCCUUUCUCAGAUGGACAUCAUCUUGCAGAGUAGUGAUGGAGUGCUGGUGCUCGAUGCUGAAACUGUGGGUUUGGCCAAGUUAAAGCAGGGGACACAGGGUCCUUCUGACAGCUCUACUGGAUUCUAUGAGAUCUGUGCGUGUCCUGAUGGGAAGCUGUACCUGUCUAUGGCUGGUGAGACCACCACCUGCGAGGAACACAGCCACAUCUGUCUCUGACCACUGCCUCUUAUGCAGCACACCCACAAUGUCUUCGUGAGAUGACAGCUGUGGCCUCAGCCUUCAUGUCUGGCAGCAAGAUUGGAGCUGGAGGACUCACUGCUAAAGCACUUAGAAGCAUGCAAGGGGAAUGUGCCCAGGGAGCUGUUGGGUCAACACUUCCUGGCUCCAGAACAACACAAAGAAAUGUCAAGAACGUAUUCAUUGUAUUCAUCUUUCCAGAUCUCUCAGGCUGAACUGCCACCUGGAAACAAUUUAUAGUACUCAAUGGCAGACUUCUUUUUCCUCCCAAAUGUAUGGCUGGCUGGCAGAUUCUAAAAUGUCCCAACUGUGCACACCCCUUCCUUUAGAUUAAACUUCGUGUUCCCUUCAGCUAAGUGCAAUAUGUCAGAUUUCACCAUGAGAAUCUCCAGGGUUUGCAGGGAAUUUGAGGUUGAUGUGAUUUUCAAUAUGUAGUUAAGGAAAGAAAUUACAUAAAUUUAGUCAUGCUUUUUAUAUACAUACUUAUGAGGAGUAAAAAUGGCACUUUUCCAGACCAG